CAAAAGAUUCCAUUACUCCCAAUUUGAUCAAAUCAAAUCAAAACCAAGAGGAAGAAGAAGAUGACUAGCUCUGUUCCACCACCAUCAUCUUCAUCUCACAACGUCUUCGUCUACGGUAGCAUUCUAGAACCCGCCGUCGCCGCCGUGAUCCUUGAUCGCACCGCCGAUACAGUCCCCGCCGUUCUCCAUAGCUAUCAUAGGUAUAAGCUUAAAGGUCUUCCAUAUCCAUGUGUUGUACCUUUUGAAUCAGGAAAAGUCAAUGGAAAGGUUAUAAUUGGAGUAUCUGAUGCUGAGUUAAACAACUUUGAUGUGAUUGAAGGAGUUGAGUAUGAGAGAGUAACAGUUGAAGUUGUGAGAGUGGACAAUGGUGAGAAGAUGAAGGUUGAAACUUAUGUUUGGGUUAAUAAAGAUGAUCCUAGGAUGUAUGGAGAAUGGGAUUUCGAGGAAUGGAGAGUGGUUCACGCGGAGAAAUUCGUGGAAACGUUUAGGAAAGUGUUGGAAUGGAACAAGAAUCCAAAUGGGAAGAGUUUAGAAGAAGCUGUAGGACCAUUGGUAUUGUCUGAUGAUUGAUUGUUUCAUGAUGAACAUACAUACAUGACUCAAGAUUAGCUGCUAAAUCUUGGCAGAAGAAGAAUGAAGUGUUUUGAAAUUAUGUGUUUGUGUGUUGUUUGGUAUUUAAACUGAGUUCUUCUAAUGUGUUGUUGUGGAGAUAUCUUGUUUGGUAUUUUCUGAUUUCUGAAGUAUGUAUAAUCCAAACACUGAGAAACUAUUAUAAACAAGAUUACAAUA